AUGGCCGAGGGUGGAGAGGAAGCUCAGAGUAGUAAUUUCUCAGAUAACGGUACUAGCCUAGAGGAGGAGAGUCCACUUACUGGGCUCUUGGGAACCAUCCUGAUAGCCAUGUGCCUUUUUGGGAUGACCGGGAAUGUCUAUACACUAGUGGUAGCAUCCAGAGUUGUGUCUGGCCGCUCAGCUGGCUCCCUAUGGGUCUAUGUGGUCAACCUGGCCCUGGCUGACCUACUCUACCUCUCCACCAUCCCCUUCGUGGUGUGCACAUACUUUUCCCGGGAUUGGUUCUAUGGGGAUGUGGGCUGCAGGCUCUUGCUCAGCCUGGAUCUGCUCACCAUGCACGCCAGCAAUUUCAUGCUGACAGCCAUGAGCCUGGAGAGUGUCUUCACCGCACUCCUUCCUUCCCCAGCUAUCCACAUAUUGAGUCUACGGGAGCCGCUCACAGCAGGGAGAAAUGUAUCUUGGGCACAGCACUCUGUAGCUUCUCUCAUUGAGCAGAACGUGUGUUGUGACCCUGGCCCAGGGAUGGCCGAGGGUGGAGAGGAAGCUCAGAGUAGUAAUUUCUCAGAUAACGGUACUAGCCUAGAGGAGGAGAGUCCACUUACUGGGCUCUUGGGAACCAUCCUGAUAGCCAUGUGCCUUUUUGGGAUGACCGGGAAUGUCUAUACACUAGUGGUAGCAUCCAGAGUUGUGUCUGGCCGCUCAGCUGGCUCCCUAUGGGUCUAUGUGGUCAACCUGGCCCUGGCUGACCUACUCUACCUCUCCACCAUCCCCUUCGUGGUGUGCACAUACUUUUCCCGGGAUUGGUUCUAUGGGGAUGUGGGCUGCAGGCUCUUGCUCAGCCUGGAUCUGCUCACCAUACACGCCAGCAAUUUCAUGCUGACAGCCAUGAGCCUGGAGAGGUACUGGGCAGUGACCAGGUCACUGAGGGCCAGGCAAGCUGGGAACAGCUGCCGCAAACUCACCAGCCUGGCCCUCUGGCUCCUCUCGCUGCUGCUGACUGUGCCCAUGAUGGUCAUGAUCCAACUGCGGGACAGCGCCAGCCACAACAAGCGGAUCUGCUUCCCUACCUGGACGCCUGAGGCCUUCCGGGUUUACCUCACAGUGCUCUUCACCACCAGCAUUCUGGCUCCUGGGCUGAUCCUGGGCAUCCUGCACUUCCGCCUUGCCUGAGCCUACUGGAAGGACGGCAUCAUCGUAACCUACUGGGCCUGCUUUGUACCCUUCUGGGCCUGGCAACUCACUAAGCUGUACUGGACGGAGGGCCUGUGGAUCAGCCCUACCACCCAGGCAUAGCUCAAUUUCGGAGUGACCUGCCUGACCUACGGCAACAGCUGCAUCAACCCCUUCCUCUACAUCCUGCUCACCAGGAACUACCGCGAGUACCUGGCUCAUCGCGGGGAGCGGCAAGCGUGGGAACGGCCCCCUCUUCCCAAAGGGGAAGCAGGGUAG